CCUCCGUUCUCUUAAGCAUCUCCUCGUAACAAUUCUUCCCCUCCUCCCUUCCCAAAACCUUCUCUUCCUUCCUACUUCUUCUUGAAGAUUUGUAACCAUGCAGCCAGGUGAGGUUGCCAGCAUUAGAUAUGUUGCACCUAUGCACCCGCCUUCUUUUGGACCUCACUUCAACAUGGCACAGAACAGUAUCCCCUCCUUCCACUUUAGUAGUCUCUUUGGACCUUAUGCUAUGCAACAAGUCCAGACGAUACCUCUGAUCCAUGAGGUUGGCCUUCCCAGUUCGUGUCUCAGCAAUAACUCGACUUCAGAUGAGGGAGAAGAGCACCAACCGAGCCUAGCAGAGGAAAGGAGGAAGAGGAGGAUGCUUUCCAAUAGAGAGUCUGCACGCCGAUCACGCAUCAGAAAGCAGAAACACUUAAAUGAGCUCUCGUUACAGGUUUUCCACCUCCGCACUGCCAACCGCCAGCUCCUUGAUCAGCUGAACCACGUCAUGAGGGAUCGUGAUCAGAUCCUUCAUGAGAAUGCCCAGCUUAGAGAUGAAGAGUCUGAGCUCAGAAAGAAACUUGAGAACCUUCUGAUGGAAAACACUAGCAGUGCACCACUCACAUGAGAGCUAAAUCGAAAAUCCUACAGAUCUCUGCAUCCGCAAACCUGCUUUGCUGAGGGAGAUCUUUUUUAUUGUUCUUACUUGUUGUUCUCUUUUCGUUCUUCUUUUUUCCGUGGGUUAUGAAGAAGAUGAACAUCUCUCGAUCAGAACUGCACUUAAUUUGAGCUGCAUGAAGAAUAAAAAGAAAUAUUUUGAUUUUGCA